AUGAAUAUUGUAGAGAAUGUUGAGGAAGAGUACAAUGAAUAGAAUUAAGGUACUUCUCAUUAACCAGAGAGAUUAAAUGAUAAUAUUAGUAGAAAUGUUUUCUUUGAUUCAAAUAAUCUUCCAUAAGUAAUGAUUAAGAUUAUAAAUUUAACAGGUUGAGUGCUACUAUCACAAAGGAUAUUAUAUAUCUAAUAUGUGUAGGGCUCCUUAAUGUAUUAUACCUUUGUGUCCAUUAUGUAUUCAUCUACAUUCUAAAGAGCAUGUAAAUGAAGGCACUUAUCCAGUUUUUGAAUCUUUAGAAGUGUUAUUAAAUUAAGCAAGUGAUCAUGUUAAUAAUGAAUGUAAGAAUGAGAUGAUAUAUAUUAAUUUAUAGUAAAGAAAUUCACUAACUCGUAUUAUGAUAUCAAGAAGCAUGUGAAUACAUUUGAGGUUCAUGCUGAGAAAACUAUAAAGAAAAUUCGAGAAAUAAAAAAACGUAUAAUCGAUGUAGUUGAAUAAUUCUUCAGUGGUCUUGAGAAUGAGGUUGAACAUAAAUAGAAAAAGAAUGUAAAUAAUCAAGAACGAGAUGCUAGAAAUUUAUUAUAAAUGAUAGAAGAGAGAUGGAGUUCAAUGAAAUAGAUGUUGGUAACAUUUUAAUCAAGUGAUUGUCUUACUGCUUUGAUUCCAUAUUUUACAACAACAUUUCAAGAAGACAAUUAAGUAUAUUAUAAGAAAAUAGGAGAAUAUAUAAAUGCAUUCCCAACUGUGAGUAGUGAAGUAUAAAUAGAUCAACAUAGAGCGUAUAUUAUUUAAUAACAAUAUUAUAGAUCAGAAUUAAGUUUAUUUCUACAAUCUAUCAUCAAAGUAUAACAUACUUCUAUUCCUGAUUUUAUUGGUAUACAUCAAUUACCAACAACAAAUGUUACAGAAAGCACAAAAAUAAGAUCACUUUAAGGGAGUAGAAUAAAAGAACCUUUGAGAGUUACAAUUCCUGAAAAGAAAACAUAAUUUGAAAAUAACUAAUAAUAAUGUCCAAAGGCACCUCCAGGUAAAGUUCAUAGAAGUCCUUAACCUUUUCAUUAAUCUCUUCCAUUACAUCCAGGACAUCCACCAUUACCAAUUCAUCCUUAAUAUUUCCCUUAAACACAUUUUGUACCACCUUAUCAUAGGUUUUGA